AUGGCAAACUCAAGAUUCGAAUAUGUUAAACAAUUCGAAACUCAUGAUACUCUAUUACCACAGACCUAUAUAGUUGUAAGAAUUGAUGGUAAAAAAUUUCAUGAGUUUUCUAAAUUCUAUGAUUUUGCUAAACCCAAUGAUGAAAGAGCUUUAAAAUUGAUGAACGCUUGUGCUAAGAAUGUUGUAUUACACUAUAAAACUGAUAUGAUAGUAGCAUUUGGUGAAAGUGAUGAAUAUUCAUUUAUAUUAAAAAAGGAUACCACUCUAUAUAGACGAAGAUCAGAAAAGCUCUCCACCCUCUUCGUUUCUUUAUUCACUUCGAAUUAUGUUGCAUUAUGGCCAAAAUUCUUUCCAGAUACUCCACUAAACCAUAAGUAUCUACCAUUUUUUGAUUCCAGAUGUGUAGUAUAUCCUAAUAUCCAAAUUAUCAAGGACUAUCUAAGUUGGAGAUUCGUCGACACCCAUAUCAAUAACUUAUACAAUACUGCAUUUUGGCAAUUGAUCCAAAUAUGUGGGUUAACUGCCCAAGAGGCUGAGAAAAAGUUAAUGGGUACAUUCAGCAAUGAUAAACAAGAGAUUUUAUUCACUGAAUGUGGUAUAAACUAUAAUAACGAACCAGAAAUGUACAAGAAAGGUUCAUUGAUCACUAGAAAGGGUGAAAUUUUGCAUAUUGAUGUCAUUAAACAAAUUAACGAACUAUUUGUUGGCUUUGAAUAA